AAUAUACAACUUAAGUUUACAUAUUCUCCAUAUUUCCCUUAUUUUUUUAAAAAAUACUAAAAUCCCUAUUUUUUAAUAAAUCUAAUCUAACAGAUACAUUAUUAAAUUAGAAUCCUAAUAAAUCCUAACCAAUUAAAUCUUAUCCCUAAUUUUACUCUUUAUUUUCCCCAAAUAAAGAACCCAUUUACACCACUCCCAAAAUUAAUGCAUCAAUUUCUCAACUGUUCAUCUUCUCAAUUUUGAAAAUCAAAAUUUGUGCUCUCCAUCCGUCAGCCUUCGUCUAAUCUGUCCGCCAUUUUUGUCUACUCUGUCAGCCUUUGAAAAUCAAAAUUGUGCUCUCCGUCCGUCCGCCUUCGUCUAAUCUGUCCGCCAUUUUUGUCUACUAUGUCCGCCUUUGAAAAUCAAAAUCGCCAAUUUCGUCUACUCUGUCCGCCAUUUUCGUCCAAUAUUCUUGAAAGAUCCGAAAUUGGUUGAAAACAAGUCUAAGAGCUUGCAUAAUCUUCUAACAAUGAAUAAACAAAGUUUGAAGAAGCAUAAAACACAAAAAGAGGCACAUGCAAAGACACCCAAGAAGAGGGGUAGAAAGCUUGCAAUGGCCAUAUCCAGACCUCCACUGCCAUCGAACAGAAUGGACAGCACUGGAUGCAUAUAAAGACAAGAAAACUGGAGAACUUUUGGGUCCACAACAUUCGUUUAAUGUGGAGUUUGCUCAAGACAACAUGCAACAAAUAAGUGAUAGCCUUGAUUGCGGACUGUUCAUAAUUGUAUAUGCAGAAUUUCUGAGUGACAAAAUCAACAUGUCAUGUAAUAGUUUUGAGAGUAGCUAUCUUCGCAAAAGAUAUGCGAUACUUUUAUUGAAGUAUGGUCUCGACAAGAUGAAUGCUGGAUAUGUUAGCAACAGUGGUGACCCUUCAAGAAUAAAGAAUGUAUUAAACCCAUCAUCUGAAGAUGAAAUUGUUAAUGUAGGCUAGUUAGUUUUCAAUGUUUGAUUUUUUUUUUGUUUUUUGGAGUUAAACAAGAUGUUUGAAGUAUUUAUUAACAUAACAACACAUAUUGUUAAAUUAUGAAAGUGUUUUGAUUUUUAAAA